AUCAAACUUGCCAGCGGGCGCUACGCGAUUUAUACCGCGAAUUUUUGUGAAAUGAUGGCAUCGAACCCACUAAAAACGUGUGCCAUUGUUAUGUUUGAUCAUUUAUCGCUUGGUAGCAGCUCGCAGGUUAUCGAUUAGCGAAAUCAAGAGCACCGGACAAUGCUAUCCAGCUAGCCCGGGGUUGUUGCUAACUGGCUAAGGAAGUUAGCCGGUUAGCUAGCGAGCCGCGUCAGCUCGCCGGAGGCUGGUUUCUUGUUUCGCGCAUUUCAAGCCUGUUCGCCGAGUCUCCGUCACCAUUGAACCGGCGGCUGAACGAAAACAUCAGAUUGUAACGUGUAGCUUAACCAAUGUCAGCUGGAAAAAGAGUGAAACUUGCAUUAGUUGUCUUUUAAAAUGGAAAGUGAGCAGUGUUUCGCCUAAGCGGCUGUUUUUCUGCAAACACUGCUCUUUUGUUUUGACAAAGGAAGAGGAGCUGAGUUUCUUUCCCUUUUUUUUUUUUUUUUUUUUUUCUUCUUCUUCUUGAAACACCAGUUCACAUCUGGUGUUGGGGCAGUUUCCUCGAUCAUUUCUGUGUGUGUUUAACCAAUGGCUCCACAGAAGCAGGGUUCCUCAGGUGGAACCCACCCGGCGGGGUUUGGUUCUGGAGGUAAAGCCAACGGGUUCUACCAGUCCUCCUCCUCCUCCUCCUCCUCUUCCUCUGCGAUGGCUGUGGCCAAGAAGCCCAACAUGCAACUCAUUCAAGCCGACCACGAGUUGUUCCUGCAGGCCUUCGAGAAACCAACCCAAAUCUACCGGUUCCUCCGCACCAGGAACUUGAUCGCUCCUAUAUUCUUGCACAGGACCCUCACCUACAUGUCCCACCGAAACUCAAGGAAUAACGUCAAAAGGAAAACCUCCAAAGUUGACAAUCUGUUGUUCAAAGUGGAAAAGAUGCGAGGCGAACAGGAGACUCACAGCUUGGCCUCUAAUCUGCAGCUCACCUUUACUGGCUUCUUUCAUAAAGCUGGGAAGCCGUCUCAGGACAGUGAGAACGAGCAGAACUCUGUCUCUCUGGAGGUGCUGCUGGUCAAAGUGUGUCACAAGAAGAGGAAGGAUGUGAGCUGUCCGGUGAAGCAGGUCCCUACGGGGAAGAAGCAGGUUCCUCUGAACCCGGACACCAGCGCUGGAGUCCAGGCCAAGCCGGGCUCCUUCCCCUCCCUGUUGGUCCCCAGCAGCGAGUUCGAGCCCAGCAACUCCCACAUGGUGAAGUCGUACUCGCUGCUCUUCAGGGUGUCGAGGCCCGGAUGCCCCCGGACUCCCAUCAACGGCCUGACCAACGGAGAGAACCACCACAGCAGAGAUUUUACAGAGGAAGUGGUGAACAGGAAGAGGAGGAGCUCUUCUCUCAGGGAGGAGGGAGAAACCACGUUUGUGGCUCAGAUGACGGUCUUCGACAAAAACAGACGUCUGCAGCUGUUGGACGGGGAGUACGAGGUGUCUAUGCAAGAGAUGGAGGACAGUCCCGUCACCAAGAAGAGGGCGACGUGGGAGACCAUCCUGGACGGAAAGCGUUUGCCUCCCUUUGAAAGCUUCUCUCAGGGCCCCACCCUUCAGUUCACGCUGCGUUGGACCAGCGACUCCUCCGACCGCUCCACUGCCCCUGUGGCCAAACCUCUGGCCACCCGCAACUCUGAGACCAACCAGGACCCCCGACCCAGCACCCUGAGGACCACACACACUCUGGCUCUUAAAGAAUCCUUGAACGCCGACGUGCAAACCAGAAGAGAACUCAUCUCAGCGGAGCCUCGACAGAAGCUACGCAUCUUGUACCAGUUCCAGUACAACAGCAACACGCGGCAGCAGACGGAGGCCAGAGACGACCUCCACUGUCCCUGGUGCACCCUCAACUGCAGGAAGCUCUACAGUCUGAUCAAACACCUCAAGCUGUCUCACUCCCGCUUUAUCUUCAACUACGUGCCUCACUCUAAAGGAGCAAGGAUCGAGGUCUCCAUCAACGAGUGCUAUGACGGUUCGUACGCAGGAAACCCUCAGGACAUCCACAGCCAGCCGGGCUUCGCCUUCAGCAGGAACGGACCGGUCAAGAGGACGGCCGUCACCCACGUGGUCGUCUGCAGACCCAAGAGGACGAAGGCGAGUCUGUCCGAGUUCCUGGAGCCGGAGGACGGAGAUCAGGAGCAGCCGAUCAUCAGCGGACACAACCGCCUCUACUUCCACAGCGACAGCUGCGUCCCGCUGCGUCCUCAGGAGAUGGAGAUGGACAGCGAGGACGAGAGGGACCCCGACUGGCUCAAGGAGAAGACGGCCAUGCAAAUCGAGGAUUUCACCGACGUCAACGAGGGCGAGAAGGAGAUCAUGAAGCUGUGGAACCUCCACGUCAUGAAGCACGGAUUCAUCGCCGACAACCAGAUGAACGAGUCCUGCCUGCGGUUCGCCGACCACCACGGCGUCCACAUCGUCAGGAACGACCUCUGCCGCAACUUCCUGCUGCACCUGAUCAGCAUGCACGACUUCAACCUGGUCACCACGCAGACCAUCGACCAGGCCAUGGCCCGUCUGCGCCUCCUGCAGAGCCAGGACGCCCACAGGGAGAAAGGCGAGGAGGAGGAGGAAGAAGAGGAGGAGGAAGAAGAGGAGGACUGGGAGACCGCCGUGGAGUCCCAGCCGGACCUGGAUCCGGAUCUGGAGUACACACCGUUUAACGACGAGACAACCAACGGCUGUGUGGAGAAUGGAAAGCAGCAGAAGGAGGAAGAGGAGGAGGAGGAGGAGAGAGAGGGAGCUGUGACAGAAAGAACGACCAGCAAGCAGAAACUCUCCGGAUCGGAUUCGGUUUUAAACUGAAGAAAAAUUACAAUAAAUAAAAAAGGGUGACAGAUGGGUUACUGCAGGGAAACAAGAUGAAGAGCUGUUAAUCAUUUCAUCACCGGGGGAAGUGAGGAGUUCUGACCCGACCUCACAUCCUUUACUUUCAUUUCCAACCCUGAACUGUGGAGGAAGCACAAGAACUAAUCCAGCCUUUAAUCUGGAUUAGUUUGGACUCUGAGGGUUUUAGAUUCAUUCUGCGCUCCAUACAUCGAACUUUAACUUUUUCAUUUUGUCGUCUUCGGUGUGAAGAACCAAUCGGUUCCUGCAGCACUCGGCUCCACCAAAGGUUUUUACUUCAGACUGAGUGUGUUUACGUUAGUGUCACAGUUAUGGGUCAAAGAGGAUGGAUGAUGUCCCAUCAGGUCUCUGAUCCAGUGUCCAGGUGUCUGAUGUGGUCUCUGGGUGUCCGAUUAGGCUCCGAGGACUCAGAUUGUGUCAGAAGUAGUCUCUGGGAUUUAGAUUAUGAAGCCACGUGUUUGAUGUGGUCUUAAAGUGUCUAAUCGGGCUCCCAGGACUCAGAUUAGGUCUCCAGGUGUCUAAUCUGGUCUCUGAUUAAAUGUCCAGGACUUUUAUCAGGUCUUUAUGUGUCUAAUUUGGCCUCAAGGUGUCUGAUAAAAUGUCCAGGAUUUAGACUAGGUCUGAUAUGGUCUUUACUUGUCUAAUCUGGUCUCUGGUUCUCUUAUAAAGUGUAAAGGACUCUUACCGAGUCUUUCUGUGUCAAAGGUAGUCUAAAGUAGUCUCUGGGUGUCUGAUCAAGCUCCAAGGACUCCGAUUAUGUAUCAAGGUGUCUAAUGUGGUCUUUAUGGGUCUAAUCUGGUCUCUGGGUGUCUCAACAGACUCCCAGGACUCACACUAUGUGUCAAGGUGUCUGAUGUGAUUUUAAGGUGUCUAACCAGCUCCCUAGGUGUCUGAUCUGGUCUCUGGGUGUCUAAACAGACUCCUAGGACUCCGAUUAUGUCUCCAGGUGUCUGAUGUGGUCUUUACGUGUCUAAUCUGGUCUCUGGGUCUCUGAUAAAGUGUCCAGGACUCGUCCCGGUUCUCUUGGUGUCUAACUGGUCAGGUCUUCAGGUCUAUAAUCAGGUCUCUGAUCCGGUGUCCAGAUUUCUUAUCUCUGAUAUUCUCCAUCUGAUCAUCACAUCCUCCAUCAGUAUAUAAAUAUAAAUAUAUUGAUAUUUAUUAUAUUUUUUGGGAGAGGAAUGCAGACUUGAUCAGAGUCCUGGAUCAGAUGCAGAUCCUUCUGGUGCUAGAUUUUUUUUUUUUUUUUUUUUAUAUAUAUAUUUUAAAACUCUGAAACGUUUUUUCUCACAGCGACCUCCACUGCCAGCUCUCUCAAGCACCACCAUGCGAUGUGGUUUUCAGACGGUAAACUAGUCCCACUUCCUGCUCCGCCUCCUUUUUUAAAAUCCCACGAUUCAAAGCCAGGAUUUGUUUUGGCGUCACGACGAUAAACUUUUUUGUGACGUCGAAAAGUGCAGAUCGUCUAAUUUGGGGAGAAAAUGCAGAUUUAGUCCUCAAAAAAUGUUUUGCGUCGUCAAUCGACAGGAUUAAAUAGUCUCAGUUUUUGGGGUUUUAAUCCAGGUGCUGGUUCCACUUUCUUUAAUGGGAGGAAGUGCUGCUUUUUAUUUUAGAACAGUAUGAACAAAAAAACUCCCAAAUUUUAUUUUUCUCUCCACUGUUUUUUUGGUUUAUUUCUCCUCCUGCCGUUUUGUACAUACGACUCUGUAAAACUGUAAUAAAUUAGUUUUUGAUCAUGAUUAUUCUGGAAAACCUGAACGCCACACAAGGAGGUUUUGUAGUUUUUUUUUUAGUUUACACACCAAAGGGGAUAAAUUUGCUGCAGAUUUCUCCACUCUUGUUUUUUUUUUUGUGUCCUGUGAAAUUUCUUUCCAUUAUUUUUGAAAAAUAAAAAUAUCACUGCCUUGAAAUGAUAUCAAGAUUCGGUGAGACGGAAAGCACAAUGUCCAGAUGUUUUCAGUUUUCCUGCUUCGGAUCAUCUUCUGGAGCGACGUUGGUGCAGAAAUAUAUAUUUCAUGUUACGACUCUGCUCUCUAGAAAAGCUUUAGAAGUCUGGUUUGCGUUGGACGUUCUGAGUGACGUUUUGGAUAUACAUUUUUAGAUUUUUCUUUUUGUUUAGUUUUUUUUUUUUUUUGUUCAUUCACAUGAGACCAGCAGCGUUUUGCACAAGAUGAGAGGAGCCAUGUCAAGAAAAAAAACAGACUUUUCUUCUACGACUAUGUAAAAACCAGCUUGUGAACUUUUCAGUUGAGUCAGAGUGGUUUUCUAAUAAAUGAACAAUUUUGUACAAUUA